CUUGCUCUGGGUCUUGAAGCAGCGCUGCUUUCCGAGGGGAAAUGUUUUGUUGCCCUCGCUGCUUACCUUAGCACGCUAGAUAUAUGGCUAUACAAGCUGCCCUUUCAAGCUUCUUAUUAUGAAACACGCGAAUUUCUAAAUAUGGAUCUCAGUGAUGCCAAUUUACAAUCCCUGUCUGAAUUUCUGAAGAAGACUCUUGACCCUGAUCCAGCAGUUCGGAGACCAGCUGAAAAGUUCCUGGAGUCAGUGGAGAGAAGCCAGAAUUACCCAUUGCUAUUGUUAACUCUCAUUGAAAAGUCUCAAGACAAUGUCAUGAAAGUGUGUUCAAGUGUAACUUUCAAGAACUACAUUAAAAGAAAUUGGCGAAUUGUUGAAGAUGAGCCAAACAAAAUCUGUGAAGCGGAUAGGGUGGCCAUUAAAGCCAAUAUUGUGAAUUUGAUGCUGAGCAGUCCUGAGCAAAUUCAGAAACAGUUGAGUGAUGCCAUCAGUAUAAUUGGGCGUGAAGAUUUUCCUCAGAAAUGGCCGCAUCUUCUGACAGAAAUGAUUAACCGUUUUCAGAGUGGAGAUUUUCAUGUUAUUAAUGGAGUGCUUCGAACAGCACACUCCUUAUUCAAAAGGUAUCGACAUGAAUUCAAGUCAAAUGAACUGUGGACUGAGAUUAAACUGGUGUUAGACACUUUUGCAGAACCCCUCACUGCACUUUUUAAAACUACAAUUGAACUGUGCCAUACACAUGCCAAGGAUGUCAACGUAUUGAAGGUUCUCUUCUCUUCUCUCGUUUUGAUUGCUAAGCUGUUCUAUAGCUUAAAUUUCCAAGAUUUGCCAGAGUUUUUUGAAGAUAACAUGGAAACAUGGAUGAUGAACUUUCAUAGUUUACUCACUUUGGACAAUAAGUUGCUACAAACUAAUGAUGAAGAAGAGGCUGGUUUGUUGGAACUGCUGAAGUCCCAAAUAUGUGAUAAUGCUGCUCUCUAUGCUCAGAAAUAUGAUGAAGAGUUCCAGCCCUAUCUACCUCAAUUUGUCACAGCUAUUUGGAAUCUACUAGUCACAACCAAGCAGGAGGUUAAAUAUGACUUGCUGGUAAGCAAUGCUAUUCAGUUCCUGGCAUCUGUCUGUGAGAGACCACACUACAAACAUUUGUUUGAAGAUCAGAAUACAUUAACCAGUAUUUGUGAAAAGGUUAUUGUUCCUAACAUGGAAUUCAGAGCUGCUGACGAAGAAGCAUUUGAAGAUAACUCUGAAGAGUACAUCAGGAGAGAUUUGGAGGGAUCAGACAUUGACACCAGGCGAAGGGCAGCUUGUGAUUUGGUGCGAGGUCUUUGCAAAUAUUUUGAAGGACCUGUAACAGCAAUAUUCUCUGGCUAUGUCAAUUCUAUGCUGCAGCAGUAUGCCAAAAAUCCUGCCAUUAAUUGGAAACACAAAGAUGCUGCAAUUUAUCUUGUGACGUCACUUGCCUCCAAAGCUCAAACUCAAAAGCAUGGAAUAACUCAAGCAAAUGAAUUAGUAAAUUUAACAGACUUCUUUGUUAAUCAUAUACUGUCUGAUUUGAAGUCACCAAAUGUGAAUGAAUUUCCUGUGCUGAAAGCAGACGGUAUUAAAUACGUUAUGAUUUUCAGGAAUCAGCUUCCGAAGGAACAGCUUUUGAUGUCCCUCCCACUGUUAAUUAACCACUUACAAGCAGAAAACAUUGUUGUUCACACAUAUGCAGCCCAUGCUCUUGAAAGGAUAUUCACUAUGAGAGGACCCAACAAUACCACUCUAAUAUCUGCUGUGGAGCUCGCCCCUAUGGUUGAACAGCUGUUAACAAAUCUUUUCAAAGCUCUCACUUUGCCAGGGUCUUCUGAAAAUGAAUAUGUCAUGAAAGCCAUUAUGAGGAGUUUCUCCCUUCUCCAGGAAGCAAUUGUUCCUUAUGUUCCCACACUGAUUACCCAGCUAACACAGAAGCUGUUACUAGUUAGCAAGAACCCAAGCAAGCCACACUUCAACCAUUAUCUGUUUGAGUCUCUUUGCCUAUCUGUACGUAUAACAUGCAAGGCAAACCCUGCCACUGUGAGAAGUUUUGAAGAGGCUCUCUUCCCAGUUUUCACAGAGAUCUUGCAAAAUGAUGUGCAAGAAUUUCUUCCUUAUGUGUUUCAAGUGAUGUCGCUGCUCCUAGAAAUAUACAGUGCUGAUAUUUCUCCAUGUUACAUGGCUCUCUUCCCACACCUGUUACAGCCGUUGCUUUGGGAACGUGUAGGGAACAUUCCACCUCUUGUCCGAUUACUUCAGGCUUUUCUGGAGAAAGGAGCAAAUUCCAUUUCUACAACUGCAGCUGACAAAAUUCCAGGAUUGCUUGGAGUCUUCCAAAAGCUAAUUGCAUCUAAAGCCAAUGACCAUCAGGGCUUUUACCUGCUUAACAGCAUAAUUGAGCACAUGCCACCUGAUGCCAUGCAUCAAUAUCGGAAGCAGAUCUUCAUUUUGCUUUUCCAGCGACUUCAAAAUUCAAAAACAACCAAGUUUGUCAAAAGUUUCUUGGUGUUUGUGAAUCUUUAUGCUGUGAAAUACGGAGCAAUAGCAUUGCAAGAAAUCUUCGACAGUAUACAACCAAAAAUGUUUGGUAUGGUUUUGGAGAAAAUUGUUAUUCCAGAGGUUCAGAAGGUGUCUGGACAAAUUGAGAAAAAGAUUUGUGCAGUGGGAAUUACGAAGAUCCUAACAGAAUGCCCUUCUAUGAUGGACACUGACUAUACUAAGCUGUGGACUCCUUUGCUCCAGGCUCUUAUCGGAUUAUUUGAAUUGCCUGAAGAUGACAGCAUUCCUGAUGACGAACAUUUCAUUGAUAUUGAAGAUGCACCAGGCUAUCAGACAGCUUUCUCCCAGCUGGCAUUUGCAGGAAAAAAAGAACACGAUCCCGUCGGAGCAACAGUGAGCAAUCCAAGAGUUCAUCUGGCCCAAUCCCUUCACAAGCUGUCCACAGCAUGUCCAGGCAGGGUGCCGUCAAUGAUCAGCACAAGUUUGAAUGCAGAGGCUUUACAAUAUCUGCAAAGUUAUCUUCAGGCUGCAAGUGUGCAGCUGGUGUGAACCUGUUGGGUUGACUAGAGACAUUCUUUAAAGGUUUUUUGCCAUGUGUGCUUGCACAGUGAACAUCAUUUGAUUGUGUACGCAGUAGGAAUAAACCUGGAAGAGUAGUACCGGCUCGCAAUGAUUAUGAUGACUUCUGUCCAAAUCAUUUUGGUCCUGUGUAGGCUUACUGCUUGUGAUCUCUUCCUAUCCACCUUCUGCCUUUUAUUUAUGUUUUCUUAUUCUGACUGCAAAACCUGAAAUAAUAAAGCACCCACAGAUGCAUUGCCGUGUACAGUUACUCUGGUGUAAAAUAAAAUAGAUAAUACUAGAA